UAUCCCUCAACUUUGCCUGUUGCCAGACCAGGCAGCCGAGGUGGACGCUGGCUAUCACCGCUGACAUUCUCAACGCGAUCAAACGCACACGCCAACAACAAUAUAUAUAUUGACCCCCCCCGACCCCCCCCCCUUCACACACACCACCCUCGUUUGAUUUUGUAUUUUUUUUUUCCGCUGACUUUUCCUGCCGGCUUUGCUAUUCCGUAACGAUGAUUUUUAGUUUCCCUCUCCAUCGGACUCCCUGAUGUUGUGCAGUCCACCGCACGAAGGCGUGAAUCUUUUUCGAGUAGAGGUGGAUCUUCCCGGAUACGGCGACGGGGUAUAUUGAAUAAAAAAAGAAAAGAAAAGGAAAAAAGAAAAGAAGAAGAAGAAGGAAGAGUUUCACGGAAAUCCCCUCAAAAUAAACAUGCCGCGGAGGAAACAAGAAGCGCCCCAGCGCGCCCCAGCCUAUUCUCCGGAGGAGCUGACAGAGCACACUGUGGAGGAUGAGGAGGCGGAAGCAGACGACCUGCCCACAGCCCCUCAGGAUGACCUUCCCAUGAAAGAUGAGUUUGUGGAGAAAAGCGAAGGGCCUGCCAAGGAGCAGACAUGUGACCAGGAAUCAGCUGGGGCAGCAGAGCUCUCAGGACAAGAGAUGGACAGCGAGUCACAUGUGAGUGAGACCAGUGACCGUCUCUCAGACUUUGAGAGUCCCUCAAGAAAAGCCGAGGGCAACUUGGUGACAGCGCCUCUAAACGGUGGCACUAAAACACCUCCCAUAGGCAUGGAUACCUUAGAACAAAUGAAGGUUAUAUACUCCAGCUUCUUGACCGGCCCCUUGUGGUCACCGCUGAACUUUAAUUCCACACCGCCACAGGCGCAGACGUCGACGCCACCCGAGAAGCCAGCUCGCAGCAACAGCACGAGUAGUAGCUGCAGCAGCGGUAGCUAUGACUGGCACCAGUCUGCAGUGGCAAAGACACUACAACAGCAGACUCCCCAGAGCCGUCACCCUGCGCAGUCUGAGCACAGCCUCUUCAGUACAGUCCAGCUCCACAGGCAAAACCCAAAGCUGUUUGGCUCAAUCUUCACCGGGGCCAGUAAGUUCCGCUGUAAGGGCUGCAGUGCUGCUUAUGACACCCUGGUGGAGCUGACAGUUCACAUGAAUGAUACAGGCCACUACCGCGAUGACAACCACGACAGGGCAGGCAGUGGCUCAAAGCGCUGGUCUAAGCCACGUAAGCGGUCCCUGAUGGAGAUGGAGGGGAAGGAGGAUGCCCAGAAAGUCUUGAAGUGCAUGUAUUGUGGCCACUCCUUUGAAUCACUCCAGGACCUCAGCGUCCACAUGAUCAAGACCAAACACUACCAGAAAGUGCCUCUAAAGGAGCCCAUGGCGCCCUUGGCAGCCAAAAUCAUGUCUUCUAAGAAAAGGGGGCUUCUGGGAUUGGAUCUCACGGCCGCACCACGUUCUCGAGAAGGAACCCCCAAAGCUAAGCACCCACAGGCAGACCUGGGUGAACCCCCACAGAAAUCCUCCUCCAGCCCCUACACAACCCCUAAUAACCGCUACGGCCACCAGAACGGUGCCAGUUAUACUUGGCAGUUUGAAUCCAACAAAUUUCAGAUCCUCAAGUGUAUGGAGUGUGGGAGUUCCCAUAAUACACUGCAAGAGUUGAGAACCCACAUGAUGGUGACAGGACACUUCCUGAGGGUGACCAGCUCUGUGGGGAAGAGAAUCAAAACACUUCCUGAGGCCACCUCCCCCAACCCUGUUAGGGUUAGCACACCUCAUGAACAGAGGGUCCAAUCUGUCCCACUCGCACCCUCCACCUUCUCCCCUCCACCUCCUCAAACUACGACAAGUCCCCCCGCUACCUCCCCUCCUCUUAAAGAUAUCAAAAAGGAGGAGGUGGAGGAGGAGUGCUCCAAGCAAGAGGCUGUAAGAAAUGAGAAGCGAGUUGCAGCGUCAGUUGGGAAGGAGGAGGAUGCUGAGAAGGAGGAAAAAUAUGACGUCUCAAAGUAUAGCUAUCUUACCGAAGAGGAUCUGAAGGAGAGCCCUAAAGGUGGCUUUGAUAUUCUCAAAUCACUGGAAAACACUGUGACAUCAGCCAUCAACAAGGCACAGAGUGGGAAUCCAAGCUGGGGGGGCUAUCCUAGCAUCCACGCAGCCUACCAGUUCCCCAGUGCCCUCAAGCUCCAACAGGGCGGCAUGGAAAAGAAUUCCCCACUGAAGUUCUUGUUCAACGGAGGGGAUGGAGCGCUGUCUUCCCUUGCCCAGAACCAGCCCCUCGUUUCCCCACCUCUAAGUCAGUCCUCCCCCUUCCCCAGCAACAACUUCCAGGCAAUGGAGGAUUUAGUGAAAAAAGUGACAGAGAAAGUAGCAAAAGUAGAGCAACGGGUGAAGCAGUUGUCUCCAAAGAUGGAGAACCACCCCUCUCCCUGUAGCAGCGAGGCUGGAGAAUCGCAUAAGGGAGGAGAGGCUGACUCCCCUCGGGAAUGGAGGGCGGUCACGCCAGCCAAUAGCGACAGAGGAAGCCAUAGCGACAGAGCAUCCCCGGCAACCGAACCCAAGAGAGAGACGGCAGUCAAAUCCCCGCUCGCCUCUAUGCUGAGAUGCAGUACAGCCAUUAUCACUGGCCAUACUCCUCCAGAGCAGCCCUUUGUCAACCCUCUAAGUGCUCUUCAGUCAGUAAUGAACAUUCAUUUGGGGAAAGCAGCCAAGCCUUCCUUGCCAAACCAGGAUCCCCUGAGCCUGCUCUCCAGGCUUAGCCAGAGCAUGGCUGAGAGGGCUGCUGUGGCCGCUCCUCCCUCACAAACCAAAAAGCCGGAAAGUGUAGUUGAUAAUAGCUUUUGCCAGCCCAGUGAUGACCAGCCUAUGGACCUCACUAAAGGGAAAAGUGAUAGAGGGGGCUCUGUAGGCUCAGCCCCCCUAACCCCUUCAUCCACGGCUUCCUCCAUCUCCCCCUCCUCCCUUUAUACUCCUGCAAAGCUAACGGUUGUCUCUCCCUACACAUCCAGCAGCCCUCUGCAUGAAAACGCAUUGUCAGAUAUCUCAGACAUGCUGAGGAACCUGACACAGUCCCACCAUGUCCCAAAGCCUCCCUCGCGGUCCCGAGCCACAGACAAAGCCGAGAUCGUGGGCUCUACUCACGACGACGACGAAGCGUCCCUGCACGGCCACAAACGCAAAGGCCGUCACUCCAACUGGAACCCCCAGCACCUCCUCCUCCUGCAGGCCCACUUUGCCUCGAGCCUGAAGCAGACAUCAGAGGGGAAGUACAUCAUCAACGACCUCAGCCCACAGGAAAGAAUGCAUGUGUCUCGUUUCACAGGCCUCUCCAUGACCACCAUCAGUCACUGGCUGGCUAACGUCAAGUACCAGCUAAGGAGAACUGGCAGAACCAAGUUCCUCAAGAAUCUGGACUCGGGUCAACCUAUAUUCUUCUGUAGUGACUGCGCCUCGCAGAUCCGCACCCCAGCAGCGUAUGUAUGCCACCUGGAAGCCCACCUCGGGUUCAGAAUCAGGGACCUGGCCAAGCUGUCCCCUAAACAGACUGCCAGGGACUCCCACACUCUCUCUGAGAAACUAGUGCCCCUGGAGUCCUUCCUUUCUCCACAAUCACAAGAUGACUGCAAUAGUAAUGGGGGGGUGUUCCGCUGCCAGCUCUGCGUCCGUAAAUUUGCCACUAAGCACGCCAUCAAGCUUCACCUCAGCAAGAGCCAUGGGAAGUCUCCAGAGGACCAUCUGCUAUAUGUGAGCGAAGUAGAGAAGCACUAAAUUACUCCCAGCAGUAGACAUACUGGAAAACAUAUGUAGAAUGGCUGUUAAAAACAAAAAUACAAACCGUAUAUUUGAAAGUGUGGUAAUGCACAAAGACGGCAUGAACUACUGUCAAAAUAGUUAGCACAUGGUGUUUACAUCUAUUCGGUCUAUAAACAUUUCUGAUUUCUCUGUAUUUCAAAAGACUUUUCUUUCACCAGAAUAUACUGUAGGUCAAAGAUAUUCAGCCUGAUUUGUUGAGGACAGAUUCUUUCAUGGCGAAUCUCUUGACUAGAAGGUCAGCUAAUAACUUGAAAUGUAUUAACUUUAUUGUAUUUAUUUUGUAUUUCUGUGAUUUUGGUUCUGAUUUGCUGGUAGACUGCAUGUUCAACAAGUUUUACUGUUAACAUUUGUACAGUCCUGUCCUGUCCACAUUUUAAAAUGCCCUUUCAAGCUGGUCAUUUUGUAACACCUUAAAACAGCCAAAUGUCUGGGAACACUCCUUUGAAAGAAUCUGCCAAACAGCGAUGGUUCAUUGCUUGUUUUUCUUUUCUUUUCUCCAUACAGCCUGUUGAUUUUCUUACUGAUUGUAAAAGCUGCCUUGUUCUUUAUCAUUGAGUAAGGGGCACUUAAAAUCCAGGUCUGUGUAAAAAUGUAUAUAUAGUGUAUAAGCUUACAACUUGCUGUUUAAAUUAUGCAUACUUGUUAUAUUUCCUAAUUUAAGAGGACUAUGACUAUCCACUGGUGCAGAGCCUUUGAAGAAGAUGAAAAGGACAUUGUUUUGCACAAUAGUUUUAUAAAUGUUAUUUGAUUAAAAAAAAGAAACCCAUACAAAUAUGUUAAUGCCUUGUGCUUCUAUGAUUAAAUUGAAUUAACUGCUGCAUAAAA